UCUCGCCGCAGCCGCGGAGCGCCGCCGAGCGGCCGGCGGGUGGGCACUCGCUCCGCCUCCUCCCGGCCCGCCGCGCCGGCUCCCGCCUCCUUCCCUCUCCGCCUGCUCCCGCCUCCCUCCCUUUCCGCUGCCGAGGCGGCGGGAGCCGAGCCCGAGCGGACCGAGCCGCGGCUGCAGCCGGGCGGCGGGCGCAGAGGAGGCGGCGGCGGCGGGGCGGGCCGCGGGCGGUCAGGCAGGCGGCGGCGGCGAUGCGGCGGCCCCGCUGAGCCCGCCAGCUCCGGGCGCCGGGGGCCGGCCGCGCGAGGCGGCCCGGGGCCGGGCGGCAGCAUGCGGAGCGGCGAGGAGCUGGACGGCUUCGAGGGCGAGGCCUCGAGCACCUCCAUGAUCUCGGGCGCCAGCAGCCCGUACCAGCCCACCACCGAGCCGGUGAGCCAGCGCCGCGGGCUGGCCGGCCUGCGCUGCGACCCCGACUACCUGCGCGGCGCGCUCGGCUGCCUCAAGGUCGCCCAAGUGAUCUUGGCCCUGAUUGCGUUCAUCUGCAUAGAGACCAUCAUGGAGUGCUCCCCGUGUGAAGGCCUCUACUUUUUUGAGUUUGUGAGCUGUAGCGCAUUUGUGGUGACGGGAGUCUUGCUGAUCCUGUUCAGUCUGAACCUCCACAUGAGGAUCCCCCAGAUCAACUGGAACCUGACCGAUUUGGUCAACACUGGACUCAGCACUUUCUUUUUCUUUAUCGCUUCGACCGUACUGGCUGCUUUAAAUCACCAAACUGGGGCAGAAAUUGCUGCUGUGAUAUUUGGCUUCUUGGCAACUGCGGUGUAUGCGGUGAACACGUUCCUGGCGGUGCAGAAAUGGAGAGUCAGUGUCCACCAGCAGAGCGCCAGUGACUACAUCCGGGCCCGCACGGAGUCCAGAGACGUGGACGGUCGCCCUGAGAUUCAGCGCCUGGACACAUGAGCCCCAGGGGCCCUCCUCCCUCUCAUCCUCAUGCCCACCCUUCCAACCAAGUUUUCUUUUUCUCGUCGUGUCAGAUUUUCCUGUGAUUAAGCUGAAUUUUGUCCUCUUGGUAAAAGUUCAUUCCGGGAAAGGGUUUUCGGAGAGUGGCCCUGUUGGUGGGUCUGUGAGGCGGGACCCCAGCAGCAGCUGCUGAGAUGGGGGCAGGGGCGGCUGGGAGAGGCCCGCGGCUUCUCCAGCAUUCGGUAGCUGUCGGAGCCGCCAGCCUCACUGGCUGCUGUGUCUCCUCUAGGUCCUCACUGUCCCCGAGUACAGGCUUCACAUCUGAUGCUGAGCCACCCUGUCCUAGGUUUUUGUGACAAGUCAAGACUUUGGAUUAAUGGGAGCUGCUAAGAGGGGUAAAAAAGAAUCAAGGACUGAAGGUGCAGGGUUGAAGAGCCAGCAGUAGUCGCUGGCCAGGCCCCCGUGGGCCCCCGGGCAGCAUGUAGUCCUCCCCCGGGACCCCUCCCCUGCUCCUCGUCUUCCAUCCCUGGGCUGUGGAGACGCCGAGGGUUUGGCCCCGCGUGUGCUGCUGGAGCUGUUUGCAGGGUCUGGACUCUAUGGGGAUGGGAAGAGCUGCUGUCCUCCUGGCACAGCCCAGCAGGCCUGCUGCCAUGCGGGAAGGUCGCCCUUUGGAGAACUUUCCCUGCCCUGCAGAGAACUCGCUCCGCUGCUCCUCCCAUGCGUCACCUCCCCGAAUCCCACGAUCUCCUCCAGGCAUAUGGGACCAUCCUGUUUUCCAGUUUCCUACCCACCCUUGUUACUUGGAGGCCGAAUUGCAGACUUCCUGCCGUUUUACCUUCUCAGGUAAAAGUCACACAAAAAAGUACAGUCCAUUCCACCAGCCAGAAUGCUUGCCCAUUUGCUGGCUUCAUGGACCACGGGUGGGGACACAUCUCUGUUUUAGGGACGUGUGCUAAUUUUUGAAUGCCUGAGGACAGUUGUAAAGUGAUUCUGAGUAGGUUUGUCUAGGAUUUGAAAAUACUUGAAUUUCCACCACGACACAUGGUUUCACUGAUGUUUCGGGAGGCACAGGUUGUCGCUCUUGUGCCUCAGGGUCCUAACUAUGAACACUGAUCUGGGACGUUGUUGGGAAGAAUUGUGGUGACGUCAGAUUUUGAACGGAUUCUUGAGAAAGUGAAGGUUAUGCAGUGAGUGUGUUCACUGAGCCCCUCUGAUGCUGUAGUGUCGUGUCCUUUGUCCUUCGUAUUCUUCUGUUGGAGACUAACUAUUGUUCACGGAAAAAUUGUUUGACCUUGUCGGUUUCCCCUCUCUGAACUGUUACUGUUUACAGACCUUCUUCUCGCUCUACUUACUCUGCGUUCGGCCAUCCCCCGAGAGGAGACCUGCAGCCCCGG